CUGUCAAGAUCCCGAGUCUUUGUGGUACUUCCGUCGUGGCCGUACUGGAGCAAGAUGGUUGUAGAAAUUCAGCCAGACUGCCUUGGACUUUAUUGUGGAAGAACAUUGGAAAUUAUAAAUGGAACUGAAAUUCAUGGUGAUUGUGGGGUAUGUCCCAGAGGACAAAGAAGUGAUGCCUAUAAAAUCUGCCGUGAAUGUACAGGCUCUCCAGAACGCUAUGAUUGGCUUUAUCUUGGCUUUAUGGCAAUGCUACCUCUCAUUCUGCAUUGGUUCUUCAUUGAAUGGUAUUCAGGGAAAAAGAGUUCCAGUGCUCUUUUCCAGCACAUCACUGCUUUAAUUGAAUGCAGUGUGGCAGCAAUUGUUACCCUGCUUGUAAGUGACCCCAUGGGCUCCCUGCACAUCCGCUCAUGCAGAGUGAUAAUGCUUUCUGACUGGUAUACCAUGCUUUACAAUCCAAGUCCUGAUUAUGUUACCACCAUUCACUGUACCCACGAAGCUGUCUAUCCUCUUUACACCAUUGUAUUCAUAUACUACGCAUUCUGUUUAGUGUUGAUGAUGAUGCUUCGUCCUCUGCUGGUAAAGAAAAUUGCUUGUGGGCUGGGAAAGUCAGAUAGAUUUAAGAGCAUUUACGCAGCUCUUUACUUCUUCCCAAUUCUGACUGUGCUUCAGGCUGUUGGAGGUGGCUUGCUCUACUAUGCUUUCCCAUAUAUCAUCAUAGUGUUAUCUCUUGUUACCCUGGUUGUCUAUCUGUCAGCUUCUGAAGUAGAAACUUUCAAAGAUCUGCUUGUCAGGAAGAAAAGGCUUAUCGUUCUGUUUAGCCAUUGGCUGCUGCAUGCCUACGGAAUUAUCUCCAUUUCCAAGCUGAGCAACCUUUACCAGGACUUGCCUUUGCUGGCCUUGGUGCCUGCACCAGCUCUUUUUUAUUUGCUAACUGCAAAAUACACGGAGCCAUCCCGGAUAUUAUCUGAGGGAGCAAAUGGACGUUAAUUGUAACUAAUAACCGUCUGGGUAAGUAACAUAUACAAGAGAGUCAGUCUUCUUGGAUCCAGCUGUCCUUACCUUAGUUAUUAGUUUGCUAUGGAUCAAUUUUCAAAUAAAGCUUUUCUUUUUUUGAGGAUCAAAACUGGACAACUCUACCAACUAGAAGGCAAAUUUUCUAAACAGUGUGGAUACCCAGUAUGUGUAAUGCCUUAAGACUCUUUAUCAGCUGAAGAAGCCCUUGAUUUUAGGCUUGUCCUGUAUAUCUGUUUUUACAUUUGUCUGUUAUGUGUGAAUAAUUUGUACAGCAUAUUUGAAAAUAGUGUUAUUUAUUGAUUUCACAGCACAGUAUUUUCUCACAUGUUUGAAUCUGUAUUCAUAGAAAUAUAAAAGAUUCAGUAUUCUAACUUCAGUUUAUAAGGCCUUGUAGUCUGUUUUAUCCUAGAGAAAAAAAAUUGACAGAACAUAUUUUUACGAACACUUUUAUCUGAACAAGCAUUUACAUGAGAUAGAAAUUAUGUAGCAGCAAUAUUUGCUCUGCAUUAAGAAUUUUUUAUAUGUGAAAUAUUUCAAGUUUGAAAGAGCCAAUGAAACAUCUGUCCCUCUUUUACAACAAACACUUUGAUAGAAUUUCCAUUUAAAAAGGAACACCAGAAUUCAGUUAUGUCCUGCAAAUAAAUGCCUCCCUUUUAGGUGAUCUUUUUAAAAGAUUUUCUUUUCAGGCCGGAAGGUAGAUAGUUUAUGCGGUUCCCCUUCUAGUAGUGAAUAACCAGAUAUCCCAGUUAUGUUUUAUAUUAUGUUGUGUGUUAUUUUAUGUGUAACAAUAUAUUUUUAAUUUUGUGAAGCUGUUAAGAGUUCUGAAUUUGGGCAGCCUAUAAAUUUGACAAAUGAAAAAAUAAAGCAUCUGUUAAAAAAUU